AUGAGAAUUUUAUAUUCUUUGAUUGCAAUUUUAUUAAUAAUUUCAGUUUCAAUGGGAAAUGUUCAAGAAACUGAAGGAAUUUAUUCAAAAUGUGUCAAGGGUAAAUGUAAAACAAAUGAAGUGUGUAUUGGUCUAAGAGAUGAUAAGAUUUGUUUCCCAAAGAGUUCAGUUGAAGCUCAACGUCAUUUGGAAGCCAAUAAAAAAGCUGAAUCUAAACCAGCUUCUAAACCAGCAGGUAAACCAGUUUCAAGAGCUGCAAAACCAUCUCAAAAAACAGCUGCCCAAAAACAAGCUGCCGCUAAACAAGCUGCUGCCAAAAAAGCUGCCGCCAAACAUGAUGCUGCCAAACACGAUGCUGCCAAACACGAUGCCGUUAAACAAGGUGCUGCUAAACAAGGUGCUGCUAAACAAAGUGGAAAAAAUGCAGCCAAACCACAUCAAGAAGUAAAACCAGUUCCAAGAGCUGCAAAGCCAGCUGUCCAUAAACCAGCACAAAAAGUAACUAAACCAGAACCAAAACAAGCCAAACCAGUACCAAGACAAGCCAAACCUUUACCAAAACAAGCUGUAAAACCACAACAAAAAGUUAAUCAAAAGGCUUCUCAAAAACACUAA